AUGUACGCCGCUCAGAAUAUAACGCCAACAGUUUUGGAUGCUAUGAAUGGAAAUGUUUCCGAAUGGUAUAACGAAUGCGACAAUGCCAUUAGAAGGUCAGAAAUAGUUCCUGGAACUUACGAAUAUACAACUGCUGUUUCUUAUGGAAACGUAGGUGAGUUUGGAGAAGGUUCUUCAACAACAGUAGAUAUUGCUUGCGACAGGUUUCAUAUAAUUUCUAUUGACAACUCUUUCUUAUACGUGGAACAAGACAUUGAAAUAAAACCUUCUGCCAAGUUGUCUGACAAGAAAGGUUGCAAUGGAAUUUUCUAUGUCGGAUACCAAUAUGCUCCAGAAGUUUUCAUGGGAUAUAAGAUAUAUUCUAACUCUGACUUAGUUCAAACAGUAACAUGGGCAAACUAUGAAUGGUUCGCUUUGAGAAACUCAGUACAACCACAAGCUAGAGAACAAACAGACCAGUAUGCAACUAUUGAGAAAAUAAGAAGACUUGACCCUAACGUUCCAGGAGUUUAUGUUAACCUUUCUGGACAAACUGCAGCAGCAGUAACCAAAGUAAAACUGAAACUUAGAGUUCCUUUGUCAUCUUUCCUCAUCUUCAGGUUUUUAAGAUACUUGCCAAACUGGGCAGGAAAAAUUUCUAUCGAACUUACUCCAAGCAAAAAUAACUUAGUCAUUGCACCAACACAAGACCCAUUCACUCUUACAGAAGUAGUGGGAACAAAUAA